UCAUCUGUUGCCCAUGCCCAGCCCCCGGCCAUCAUACUCCUGCUCAUCCUCAUCAGCCGAUGCCGACCGACGCCGCCUUCGCGGCUGCGACUCCUGCUGCUGCUGCUGCUGCUGCUCCCCUUCACCGCCCUGCACACACAUCAACUGUGAAGGUGGGUGUGGGUGGCUGGAGGCAUGAGCGUACCUGCUGGUUGGUGGUGUGUGGCUGUGGUGUUCUGGGAGGCGUUCUGUAGGGGUAAGGCGCUGUGGUGUUGGCCUGGGUGUGCGUGUGUGUGUGGGCAUCCGCCGGCUGCCGCUGGGACGACCAUCCACCUACGGAAAUACAUGACACACACAGACACACGCAGAGAGAGAGAGACGCGAGAUUGGCCUCAUGCGUGUGUGUGUGUGUGUGUUUGUACGUUGUAUGUUUGCGAAGCGUUCCUUGAGCUGGUCGGCCCCUGUCCCCCGGGCAGUCUCGACGAACUGCCGCACCUCGGCCUGGCAGCCAUACAUCCCUGUCAGCUGACCACCUGUGGACACACAGACAGAGACAUAGCAAGGAGGGGCACGGAAAUCCAUGUGUGUGUGUAUGUGUGUGUGUGAGAGAGAGGGGGGGGGGUACUUAGUUCCUCGUCCAUCCAUUCGGUCACCAUCUGCACACACAGGUGGGCGGUGCCUUCCAUCCUCUCUCUCUCCCUCUCUCUCUCUCUCUGUGUGUGUGUGUGUGUCUGUGUGUGCAGCACCGAGAUCAUGACGUUUCUGAUGUGGUCGCUGAUCUUUGCUGCGCGGGGGACCUCUGCCGCCGGCAGCGCCCUCGUCUCUGUGAGCUUGUUGACGAUGGCCUCAUAGGUCUCCGACAGCCGCUCACACACCUCCCUGCACACACACACACGCACACACAUUCACCCACACAUUCGAAUAUACAGACUCAUGGAGGUGCAGACUCACCUGUAGAGUGCCCACACGUGAGGCCACGGGAGCCUCUCCGUCUCCCGCAGCACCCCGCAGCACACCCACAGACAACGACCCCAAUACGGCCCCUUCACACAAACACACACACAAGGGUGUUCUCGUCUUUGAGGGUGUGUGUGGUUGCCGAGCGUGUAGACAGACAGACAGACCGUGGUGCGUUCGAGGGCCCGUCUGCCCUCGCCCCAUUUGAGCCAGAGGACGUUGGCCAGCUCCAUGAUCAGCACGAAGGACGACGGCAGCGGGGAGAGGGAAUACGCUGACAAAGAGAGAGGCGUCACAUGCAAGAGGGUGUUUGCGUGGCCGGCGCUGGGCGAGGGUGUCUACGUGAGAUGGUGCGGUAUGAGACGAUGAAGUGCUCGAAGCGACGCGGGAGGUCCACAGGAACUGCAACCGCAGACACAUGCUCAAAUCCAUCCAUCCAUCCACUUGUCCAUCCAGCCAUGUCGUGCGCACCGGGCUGUGCCUGCUGCUGCUGGUGGCGGUCGAUCGGCACCCCCGCUGACGCACUGCACACCCAAAGACACAUAGAUACACAACCAUUGCAGUGCAAUCCCAUACCCACCAGCUCACACACUUACGUACCCGUCAGUGCGGUAGAAGUGCUUCGGACGCACAAACCCUGGGUCACUCUGCACAAACAAACCCACCACACACACAUCCUCGCAGAGAGAGAGAGAAAGAGGGAGGGAGAGAGAUGUGCGUCGAUUCGCUGACUGACCUGAGCGAAGAACGGCAUCAGGGUGUCGUGCGGCCAGGGUGCGAAGAGGUGCCGCGUGGCGCGGGGCGUGAAGCACACAGACAGGAAGAGAUUCUCGUACUCCAGCAAUGCGUCCGCCUGCACUCACGCCACAGUGUGUGUUGGUGUGUUUGUGGGAGAGGGGAAGAUGCGCUUGGCUUACAGGUGGGCUGCCUGCGUGGAUGCGGUCAAGCAGCAGCAGCUGUAGGUGUGGCAGGCCCACUCUCCUGGCGUCCUGCAUGAGCCGGUCCACGUCUCUGACGCUCUGCAGCGAUGCUCGCAUGGCGUCGAUCUCGUCCUUCACAGACGCGUAUCUAGCCCAACCAACACACACACAUCCAUCCAUCCAUCCAUGUGUGUGAGUGUGGUGUGUUGUGGUGUGUGUGUCUACGCCGGCUGUGUCGCUAGGCGCUUUGAGAUCAGCUCCAGCUCGUUGACAAAGGGCUCCUGCAUCCAUCCAUCCAUCCAUCCGAGAGAGAGGGGUCCAUGUGUGUGUGUGGUGUGUGUGUGUGUGUGCCUGUAGGUGCAUGAUGGUGUCGAUGGCCCGCUCAGCGUACACGGCCAUCUCUUGCAGACCACUCACACCCGUAUGCUGAACAGACAAUCCGCCAACAACGCUCUCUCUCUCUCUCUCUGUGUGUGUGUGUGUGUGUGUCUGUGUGUGCCUGCGUGUACCUGCCGCAGGAUGCCCAUCAUCGGGGUUUCACGAAGGCCGGCCUGAGUGGUCCUCUCGAGGGCUGCCUGGAGGCGCUUCAAGCACUGCAGAAUGGCAGGCACCCGAACACAUUGACGUGUUUGUUCAGAUGGGCGCGAGAGUGUGAGGUUACCUCUUUACGGUCAGCGAGAGAGGCGUUCUGGGGAGGCAGCUGUUGUGUGAGAUGCAGGUACAGCGCGCAAACCUAAACAAUCACAUGGACACACACACAGGGAGAGAGAGGGAGAGAGGGACGCCCGUCGUCUCCCUCUCUCGUGAGUGGAUCGGAUCUUCCAUGUGCUCAGUCACCUCUGCCCAUCUCUGCGUGCGCUUCAGCAGCUCUGCCAGGACCUCUCCGCACUUGAGCGCCUCCUUGGCGGUCCUCUGUCCGCCCGACAUCAUCAUGGCCCACUCCAGCAGCCUGUGCUCAACCAGGGCCACAGACACCUGAAACUGCUGCUGCACACCUGCACACGAGAGAGCAUCCACACAGCCAUCCAUCCAUCCACAGACACACACAGGCAUCCGCCGACUGACCGCCGAGUGUCGCGAGGAUCGUCUGUGAGUCGUAUGUGCCCAGCAGCUUGUCAAUCGAGGCCGUUUUGAGCCGCUCGUGGGCACCCACCAGUAUGGCUGACAGCACAGCGGGCUCCUGUGGACACACACACACACAAAGACGCACACACACACGGAUGGAUGGAUGGAUGUGUGUGGGCGUGUGGUUGCCUGCAAUCGGUCGGCGAUUGUGAGGAUGAAGAUGUCGCACACGCUGUCGGGAGAGAGGCCGGUGUGUGCGAGGGUCGGCAGGCCGCUGUCAAUCUGCACACACACAGGUACACACACACGUGUGUUGACCUGUGCCGCUGUGUGGGGGUGAGUGUGUGGGCACCCACCUUGUCGUUGGCGAUCUGCACGCACUUGGCCCAGUUGUUGGAGUGCAUGUACGUCCGCAGAGACAGGCGCAGCGCACUCUCAGCCUCCCUGCCGCCACCCACACACACACAGCUGUGUCCUCUCCGUGUGUGUGUGUCUGUGUGUGUGUGUGUGUGUGUCGGGGGUACCUGCCGUCGGUCUGUCGUGAGUUGAGCAGGUUGGUGAACCGCUCCAAUGCCUCCUGGGACACAUCUGUGUGUGUCAUCGCACCCUGUACACAUGCACAGCAUCUGUGUGUCAGAGAUCUCCCUCCCCCUCCCCCUCUCCCUCUGUGAGUGUGUGUGCGUGUCUGGAUGUUUGCCUGUGUGGUGGUAGCGAGGGAUCUGCUGAGAGCGAGGUACACGAUGGACAAAUUGCGGCCAAACAGAUCGGGGCAGUACUGGUUGAGUCGUGAGCACAGCUGCACCACUCGGUUGCCGUCGUCCCCAGGAUGCUGCUGCUGCUGUUGCUGCCGCCGGCCGCCGACGGGCGCGCCUUUCAGCCAACUCAGCAGCUCCUCAUUGCCAAUCCCGGCCUGCAAAUGCAUCACACACUCUCUCUCCCUCUCUGUGUCCGCCAUGGAUGGACGGAUGGACGGAUUGUGUGUACCGCUUGGAGCACGACAGCGUCGCACAUGCGCAUUGGGAGAGUGAUGAAGUCCUCAGUGGACGCCACACGGUCGAUUGGGGCAUUCAUCAAGACGUCCAAGUAGGGCGCAAUACGCCUGCAGUGCAUGGCUCUCUCUCUCUCUCUCUCUCUGUGUGUGUCUGUGUGUGGGGGAGAGGGGACCUACCUGCUGGCCCACACGCUGCUGUUGUCGUGGUGCUCUCUGGCGAUGGCCUCCAUCACUCCGACUGUCUGCUUCAUCAUGUCUGCGCAGGCAGGAACACACCCAAACCCACACCCACACCCACACGUGCAGAUGAGAUGGGAUGUGUGUGUCCAUGUGUGUUGGUACCAAGGAAGGCCACCACGCAGUCGAGCCGCAGUUUGUCGAAAUACACCAGCCGUUGCUGUGCCAGUGCCACACACACAGAGGGAGGCGUGUGUGCGUCCAUGCAGCUGUGUGUGUGGAGAGGCAGACGCACUUACUUACCAGCCCUUGCUGCGGCCCGGUGUAUUCCAUAUUCUCUCUGUCGCCCCUCCCUGCUGCAGGGACGCCCUCGCGCACGUAGGACAACACAGCUGCAUAGCAUUGCAGACACACACACACACACAGGUGUGGGGCUGUGGUUGUGUGUGUGUGGGGGUGUGUGUGUGUGGGUACAUGAUAGGCUUGUGAGCAGGGAGGACAGCAUGGCGCCUGGGGGGGCCAGCCGCACCUGAUAAGAGAGAGAGGGAGAGAGAGCUGUGUUUGGAUGCCAUGUCUGCUCUGCGCAUCACUUCACUCACGCCGUCGUAGCCAAAGCAGAAGACGCAGAUGGGCGUGUCCAGCAGAGGAUACAGCACCUGCGAGCACAAGGCAGACAGACAGACAGACACAGACACAUGUGUGUGUGUGGGUGGGUGGGUGGGUGUGUGUCCACCAGAUCCACAUAUAUCACAUGAGGGUGCGUACGUGUGCCAGCCACAUCACGAGCCCCUUGAACCACUUGGCGGGGGGGCGGGGGGCGUUCCUACACACACACAGACCGGUGUCAUCUGCUGUCUGUCUGUCUGUCUGUCUGUCUGAGCGUGUCGAUCCAUCCAUGCGCACAUGAGUUCUGUGAUUGACGCGCCUGCCUCCUCUUCGCGCGUGUAGGCGAUCUCGGUGUCGUCAAUGUGGAAACGGGGCCUGCACUCACACACACACACGUAUGCAUGAGUCAGUGCAUCAGUGCAUCAGUCAGUCCACACACAGAGAGGGAGAAAGAGAUGCACACCCACCUGAAUGGGCGCCCUGGCGACCCUCCUAAUCGGGACCUCCCUCCCUGACACACACACACACACACGUACGUGUGUCUAUGUCUGUGUGAGCGUGUGUGCGUACGCCGGUGCUGGUGGAUCGGUCGGGCAGCCCAAUGGUGUGGGAGAGGUACGUGCAGCACAUCUCUGCAUUCCGUGGGUUGGGGUCGCCGGCCAGCAGCGAGGGCAGGUACGUCAGCGUCACCACCUGGUACACACCACAAUGGAUGGGUUGAGGACGCAUUGCAAUCAUUGUCUUGUGUGGUGUGGUGUGGUGUGGAUUUGUGUCUGCGCACCUGCACACUCUUCUCUGUCAGCAGCACCAAGGUCCGCGCGCUGCGCCAAAGGGGCGUCUGCCCUGAAGCCUCCACCCCCCACACACACGGAGAGAGAUGGAUGGAUGGAUGGAUCUGUGCUCGUGACUAAGUAACCUUCCAUCGGCCCGUCGAGCACCACCACGCCAUUGCCGCCGCCGCCCCUCUGUCCACUGUGUCCGCAGUAGAAGGAGCGCUCCUCGGCGAGUGCGAUGGCGGGCGACGGGAGCGACUGAACCGACACGUACUCAGCCAGGGGGGACAGCUCUGCAUUACACACACGACGGGCGCACAGAUGCACAUCUGUGCAGGUGAGUCGACUGGGGGGUGGUCCGGACCUCCCGAGGGCAGUCCGGCUCUUGCGCGGAUUUCGACGGUGCCCAUGCCGACUCUGACACACACACACACACAGAUUGGUUGUGUUGUUGACACACAGACGUGUGCUUGCCUGCCCAUCUGGCUGUCGUCACUCGUAACGAUCUGCACGCCGUUUGCGUACAUCGACAGAGAUUGGGGGCCGGCUGAUGCACAACCACACCCACACCCACACCCGCACACACACCCACCUUCAACGUCAGUCAAUGUGUGUGCACGGCACUACACAAGCUCACCUGAGCUCACCUGUGUAAGCCGUGCCGAGGACGUUCUGAGCAAACAUGGCCGUGGGAGAGGGGACGUACGGCGACGCGCGACGUGUGGGGGGCGUGCUCGUGCCUUCACACACAGACAUACACACGUGUGCACACUUCUCUCUCUCUCUGUGUGUGUGUGUGUGUGAUGCAGCCGUACCGGCAAGCCAGAAUGACGAGUGCAUGCCUGUUGUCGUGCGGUAGGUCGACUGCCGGGAGUUCCAUGAGGGAUGCGGCGCUGUCAGUCAGUCAGGAACACACACACACACACACACCAGAGAGAGAGAGAGAGAGAGAGGGGAGGGGGGGAGGGGGGGAUGUGCUGCUUGUGCACCGUGUGCAGAAAUACAGACAGGCAGACGUACAGGUGCGUAUGAGGUCCUGUGGGCUGUCAGCUGUGGUGUUGACGAAGUGGUAGCGCACCCCGUCGGCAGCCAACACCACACAGUGCACCUGGGAGUCCACCGAUAUGCCUGAUGACGACACACAAGACACACACAGAUACACACAGAUACACACGUGUGUGUGUGUGUGUGUGUUGGUCGGUGCCUAUGUGGCGUUGACGCACAAACACGCAUUAUGACGCACAUGGGAAGAUCUGCAUGAUGUCCUUGGAGCGGCGCGGCUGCCCGGGGUACGCUCGAUCCAACCUGUGUGACCACACACAGACAGACAGACAGACAUGUGUGUGCCAACGCGUGUGUGUGUGUGUGUUUGUGUGUGUGUUUGUUUGCAAGUUCCCUCCCGCCCUCCCUCCCUCACUCGUCCAUCAGAUGGCUGAAGUUGACUUCGCCCAGGUGCUUGAGGCCGUCUGCCUGCACACACGUGAAUAUGCGUGUGAUGCACUCAUCCGUCCAUCGAUCCAUCUGUGUGUGAGUUGACUUGAGGACCUGGCAGCAGGUGACGGCCUGUCCCUCGGCCACCCAGAUUCCCCGCCGCUGCUGACAAGCCGACGAGAGGGGGUCGCUCGACUGACCGAACGGUAGACGGCUGCACACACACACACACACACACAGAGAGAGAGAGAGAGGGGGAGUGUGUGCUCAUCCAGACGCACACACACGCAUACCAGAUGGACUUGCGUCGCUUGGCAGGUCUGCUGCCCCCUGUGACUGCGCCUGCCUGGCCGGCAAACCCAGUGGCGCUGUCGCCGGGCAUCAUCAUCGAAGUGUCAUAAUCCUCAUCGGUGAAGGACGGAGCCGGCACUGCACACACAGAACGAACACGGAUAUGUGUGAUGUCUGGUGGGAGGGGAGGGGGAGGGGAGGGGGAAAGUACCGUUGGCCUCGUCAGGUCUGGCGAAGGCGUUGCGUGGGCGGCUGGACAGGAAGGGCUGACCUGCAGCCACCAAUGCAGCGCAGCGGUGGGCGUCCAUCCAUCCACCAUGGCGAACACAUGUGCGCGCACCGGUCAUUCGCCAUUGUCGCGACUCGAGUAUCUCGUAGAUGCGGAUGGUGGAGCUGCGUGGACGGACACACACCGACACACACAUGGAUGAGUGGAUCAGUGUGUGUGCGCCUCUCUCUCUCUCUCUCUGUGUGUGUGUGUGUGUGUGCGUGUGUGAGUGUGUGUGUGUGUGAGAGUGUGUGUGUGUGUGUGUGCUACCUGGUGUCAAGGGUGAAGAGAUAUUUGCUGGCGCAGCACUGACACGCACACAUGGCAAACACAACACAACACGUGUGUGCUGAUACACACGUAGGUGUAGGUGUGUGGGUACAUCCAUGUCGUGUGCGGCAUACUUUGAGCUGUUUGAUCCGCUGCUGUCGCCGAAAUGACGGCAACAAAUCCCACACCCCUGCACCAGCACUCACCGUCAGUGCGCGCGCGUGUGUGUGUGUGUGUGUGUACCCUUUGUACGCUGAAUCAGCCGCACUCUUGGGCAGUUCCUACACACCAUACACACACACACGUUGGAGUGUCUCUGCCCGCGUCUGUGUGUGGCAGACAAGUACCAGGUCCGCUCCUUCUGGUACGCGAGCUCGAGAAUCUCCGAAUCUGCACUUGUGCACACAGAGAUGGAGGGAUGGAUGGACAUGGCCGCUCAUACGAACGCACCUCCGCGUGUCAUGAAGACGUGCCCAUCGUCCGUCACAGCCAUCACGUCAAUCACACCUGAAGACACACACGCUCACACACGCUCGCACACUCACAUACAUGACGGCAGACAGAGAUGCCCACUCACCGUCACUCCUCACGCGGUAAACGCCUUCAACCAAGUCGGUCUCGGCAAUGACGUACCUGCAGCGCCUCACACACACACACACACAUAUAGGCACGUGUCGGCUCCGACAUCCGUCGUGCACACGACUGCGGUGCGUACGGGUGUGUGUCUGAUCUGUCGAAGGAGUGCGGCGAGACGGGCGACAGGGGCGAUGUGGCCGCUGCUGUGACACAGACACAGACACACGCACGAACACAAUGAAACACACCAUCUCACACAUGCGCCAUUGUGUGACAUACCUUGCUGCUGCGGGCUGGCCAGCCGCGACACACCCGAAUACCCUUGACGGGCACUGCACCAAAAACAUGUCUGUCUCCAGGUGUCGAUGAGCCCGUGUGUGUGUGUGUGGACCUCCUGGCGCCCCUGAACACAGUGCUGAGUCCGCCAACUCCCCCGCUGCUGUCACCGUCGGCCAUGGUGGUCGAUUGGGUGCGGAGAGACCGGUCCGACACGGGCAGCACACACAACCCUGAACACAUGGAUGGCGUUAGUGAGAUGUGUGUGAAUGCGCGCGUGUCUGGUGCGGUGUGGUGAGCGCGCCUCUCAUCUCGACGUGGUCUUCGGUGGCCACCACAACCACACACGACACCUGCACACACACACGGGCACGGCCCAUAUAUGACCCAGACGAGCGAGUCAAAUGUUUUGACCGAUCGCGCACCUUUGAGUCGAACACCUCUGGUCGUGGGAUGAGCAGCUCCACGGCAGUCAGUGGCUGGACACCAUCAACACACACAACGACACAUGGGUGGGUGUGAAUCGAUGUGCUUUGUCCAUGUGCUUUGUCCACCUCGUAGAAGUCCAUUCGUAUGGGCUUGGCGUCCGCACAACGAUAGUUCCUGCACACACACAGACACCGAUAGACAUGUGUGUGUGUGCAUGCGAUAUAUGCGAUGCGCACCAGAUGAAGAGCACAUUGUCGACGGCCACCCACAGGUGGUGAAGGAACGGAAAGAAACCUGAUUGGAUUGGUCCACACACAAACACUUGCAAACAUGCUCUGCGCCCAUGCACAUGACGUGCCUGCAAAUGCCCUCUGCUGUGCCCUCUGGGUCGCCUCGGUGAUGACAGCCGGCAGCAUACUCUGCAGCGGCAAACUGCACACACGUACACACACAUACCGACAGACACAGACAGAUGUGUACGUCUGUGUGUGUGUGUCUGAGUGCUGACUCCAUUCGUAUGGCCCUGUUGUCCCAUUCGAGCAGCGGCACGUCGCACGGGAAGGUGAACUGGGCGGGCGAGAAGGAAUUCGCCUCCGACAUCACAAUCUGCACACACACACACACACACCAAAGCAAAUGCAUGCACCAAAGCAAUGCAUCUCCCUUCUCCUGACAUGAGUGAUGCACACGCACACACACGCAUUGUGACGCAUCCGACCUUCCGGCCCUCCUCCGCCAGCUUGAUCUUCUGCGUCAGCGGGUCCAU